ACUCUCACUCAAUACACCUUUACAAACUCUUCUGUGUGUUUAAUGACAACUGAUUGGGGGUUCAGAUUUAAUUACAAAUAUUUUCAUUUUACAUGGUAUAGUCUUACAGUAAUAACAGACCAACCCAGAGUAAAACAACUUAUUUCUUACAGCGUACCGCACUUUAAAUUGAGAGUCAAUCUCAUUAUGCAAAUGUCUUCAUAAAGAUGACAUGUUGAAAAUAUUUUAAGAGCUGAAAUUCAUACAAUUCUAAAGUUUAAUCUUUAAUUUGUUAUGUUUCACUCUUGAAAUGCCAAUCACAGUCCAAAGUACUAGACAUACUGGAGAUAAGUGAGAGCCAUGAAUUAUGAAUUUGUUAUCAUUCAUUAAUAUGGAUCUUACAGGCCAGAGUCUAGAAGACGUUGAAAAUGUUACAGUAAUUAAAAGAACAGAGUUUGAACUUACUUUACAAUGGAAAAAUAUCAACACCACAUACAGUUAUGAGCUGGAAUACAAUAGAACAAAUAUUACAAUCCCGAAACAAUCAACUCCUGAAGUAAACCAUACAGUCUCUUCUCUCUCUGCUGGCACUAAAUACUCCUUUACCCUCUACACUGUGUUUGAAAAUGUAACGAGCAGUGGAUAUAACUUCACCAGUGUCACCGUUCCCUCUAACGUUGAAGGCAUUUUAGUGGUUGACCAAAAAGAAUUUGAGUUAACUUUACAAUGGAAUAAAAUCAAAAACAACAACAAUUACAGUUAUGUGCUGAAAUACAAGGAAAAAGAGACUAUAAUCCCGAUAAAUGAUACUGAUCCUGAAGUGAGAUACACAGUCCCUUUAUUGUAUCCUGGCACUAAAUACUCCUUUACUCUCUUCACUGAGUUUGAAGAUGUGUUGAGCAGUGGAAAGAACUUCUCCAAUGUCACCGUGCCAUCUAAUGUUGUCGGCGUGUCUGUGGUGAAAAGAAAUGACACUGCCAUGAAUUUACAAUGGAACAUUGUAACAAACACAGACAACAACACGUAUAACUACACUCUAAAUUACAGAAAUGAAUCAACGGAGGAAACCCUUCCUAUAUACACAGAUGACCAUUCUUUAGUAAUAUGUGAAAUAUCAGGUUUAAUUCCUGCUACAAAUUACAUUUUCAUUCUGUAUACCAUAUUUGAGGAUGUGAGAAGUAAGGGAUACAACUUUACCAACUACACAACUCUAUCUGAUGUAACUAAAGUGAGAGUGACAAAUCGAACAGAGACACAUUUGACUAUUGAAUGGGAUAAGUUGAACAAAGACAACUUCUACAACUACACCUUGAAGCAAAGUUCUGGAAAUGACAUACCUUUUACUGGAUCUCAAGUGGGCGAUGUGAUCAGCCACGUUCUCUCACAACUCAAGCCGGGAACUGUGUAUGAUUUUACUCUCUACACUGUUGUAAAUUCCAACAUUAGCAGCGGAACCCACUUUAAGAAUGUCACCACCAUUGACUGUGCGUCCAUUGACUGGCAUGUUACCAACUCAUCGAUAAAUGCAAUGCAAGUGAAUGGCAGCACACGUGUCACAGCAAAAAACAGCACACACUAUGAAUUGAGUCUACCUGUAGAGCAGAACAGCGUGAAUCUCCAAAGCCUUUAUCCCGGUGCCAUAUACACUGUUUCGCUGUGGUAUGACUUCACAGAAUCAGAUAAACUACUACAAUGCUCACAAAAUCUGACAUUAGCUCCAAACAGUGUAUCACGUCUGCACUGUAACUAUUUCUCCGGAGGCUAUGGUCUGGAAGUAGUUUGGGACGCUCCGUAUGGAGUUGUGAAUGUGGUGCAGCUGGAUGUUGCUGGAAACAUUUUCAACCAAUCAGAGAACAGACAGCAGGUAAAUGGACUGCAGGUUGCCAAGUGGUACAGAGUGACCGCGACAUCGUUCUCUGGAAACAAGACAAGUCCUGCAGUCUCAGUCAACUGUCAAACUGACCCAACAGGAGUCAUAGCAGGUGUUCUUGUGUCUUUCCUGGUGGUCAUCCUUAUUUGUGCUGGUGUCUUUUUAUGGCUUCGCAAGAGGAAGCAUGUUGGAGGGUCUAAACAACACGUGGAGUAUCCAGCAACAAAAGUAUCUAACAUCAAAAUGUACAAACCAAUCCGCAUAGAUACAUUUCCAGAACAUUUUCAAAACAUGAGUCGUGAUGAGAACAGAGGUUUCAGUGAGGAAUAUGAGGACCUUGGUUUAGUGGGUUUAGAACUGCCUCGUGAAACAGCCAAAUUGCCUGAAAACAAGAGCAAAAAUCGAUUCUCCAAUGUUUUAGCUUAUGACUGUUCAAGAGUUCAUCUCUCCAUCGAUGAUGACGGUGAUUCUGAUUAUAUAAAUGCCAACUACAUGCCUGGUUAUGGUAAGGGUAGCAAGCAGUACAUUGCAGCUCAAGGUCCACUCCCCUCCACCAUCAAUGACUUCUGGAGAAUGGUCUGGGAGAGAAGAUCAAACGCAAUCAUCAUGGUCACCAACUGCACUGAGAGAGGAACCACUAAGUGUGAGCAGUACUGGCCAUUGGACUACACACCUUGUCUCUACGGAAAUUUGCUUGUCACGGUCACAUCUGAAGAUAAAGCACAAAGUUGGACUUUGCGUGAGUUUUUUGUCAACAAUAAAGACACCUCUGAGACACGGACAGUGAAACAUUUCCACUUCACUGCAUGGCCAGAUCACGGCGUUCCUUUGGGAACAGAGGAGCUGAUCCAAUUCAGGGGCCUCGUUCGACAGCACAUCGAGAGCUCCUCUUCUGCAGGACCAACGGUUGUGCACUGCAGUGCUGGAGUGGGCAGGACGGGUACACUCAUCGCCCUGGAUGUUCUUCUACAGCAACUGGAGAGAGAGAAGGCGGUGGGCAUCGCAGAAUUCGUUCAGAAAAUGAGACUAAACCGACCACUCAUGGUUCAAACUGAGUCUCAGUAUGUGUUCCUGCACCAGUGCAUCAUAGACACCCAGCGAAACAAAAACAUCCCCAUGCCACAAGAGCCUCUCUAUGAAAACGCAGAAAUGAUCUUUGCCAAUGCAAUGGCUUUGAAAGAAUAUGACCAAAGCAAGUAAAAUAUACCAAGUAUGUGUAAACAUAACACAAUAUAGUAUCUUUGUAUGAUUAGUGACUCUAAAACAUGACAAACUUAAUAGUCUUGACAUAACAUAGUCUUUAAAAGUCAUUUAAUUGAUUAAUUGAUUGUCACAUGCAAAUAAUGCAAGCUUGGUCCUAUUGCCAUUUUGUCUUUGAAGUGCAUUUUAAAAGUGUACUACUUGGUAUGGUGCUUUAAAAUAUAUUUUUUUAUUGAAAAGAACAAUUUGUACAAUUUGAAAAGUGAA